AUGUACAUGCUAACAAACGAGAACGUUUGUGAUGACAUGUACAACAAUGUCAGCUCAGUUGCCAUGGCUCUAUCUAAUUUAGUGACUUGGGCACAUACUCAUGGAACUAUAUGCAGUCAAAUCCCAAGCUUGGAAAUUAUACAGAAUAUGGGACAUCCCACCAGGGACAAUUCUGUUUUGUGGAUAUGUGAAUCUGGACAUGCAUAUCACUGGCCCUGUGGGGCAUUAUACUUCAAAAGCCAGGAGGAAAGGGAGGAAGCUGCAGAUCGGAAAAAGAGGUCCAGAAGCUAUGACUCCUGGUCAAUGGAACAUAAUUUAAGUGACAAGAAGUACAGGGUAGCCUCACCUUUUGAAAAAAAGAAAGCUGACUCAGUUAACAUGGGAUCAUGCAGCAGAUCCCCCGAAAUAAUGCACAAGAAAGAGGACACAUUCUGUGUAAUCUCUGAUACAACAGUGACAAAAGAAGAGCAGAGUGGAGUAGUUCCUCAGAAAGACAGCUACUCCAUGAGGUCAUGCUUUGCUGUGGAGCGGAGUCUUCCAUCAACUGACUAUCAUGCCAGAACUGACCACGGUAAUGAAGAGCCAGAAAGCAGGGAGGACCUGCAAGACAUCUCUGAUGAAGAAGAAUUUGAAACAGAUACAGGAGACCAACUACGCAGAAGUAAUUGUGAUUCUGAAAGAGUAUUCCAGAAUAAAGAAGCAUCUGCUGAGGAGGAACCGCAAAUGCAUGGAGAUAGUAAGGUCAUUAGCAAACAAGCAGCCAUCCUGACAUCAGUUUCUGUCUUUAAAGAAAAGGCUGCAGUAAUUCCCUGUUUACAGGAGACUUUAGAAGACAGCCAUCAUAGGAGCCUGGAAAGCAACUGCUUGAAGUUAACAGCUUUUCAUCCUACAAAGUCCAAAAGCAAAACCUCUAAAGCAGGGAAUUCCUGUGAAUCAACAGCAUCCAAAGAACAGUUAAAGCCAUUUCCUGUCUCCAGCAUGGAAACAAAGGCCCAGUUUGAGCCCCCCCCAGUCUUGGCUUUCUAUGACACUGCACUCACUGGAGCUGUCCAUCAGCAGUUCCAGCUGUGGCCGUCUGUGUGCACCACAUCAGGAAUGGGACUAGCUGGGAACCGUGCUGAAAUACCUACUGAGGAGAACAAACAGCCAAGACCACAGAAUGCUGCAAAUUCUUUAGCCCUGCCUACUGUGGAGAAUGAAAACUCUGAGGACAGUCUGCCCGUGGCUUCAGACAAAAAGACAUUGAAGAAGUCGGAGAGUAAGAGAAUUCGUAAUAUUGGUGAUAUAAAAAUGUUCAGAGACUGGUUGGCGUCACAUUAUCCUUCUGAAACGCGUGAGAUCUUCACACUGCCACCUGCAGACCUUGAUAAUUACCUCGCCUCCUUCUAUACUAGAGUCAGGAAACAGAAUGGCACAGAGUUUUCCGCCAACUCUUUAUUCUUCUUUCAGAGCAGUAUAGACAGAUACCUCAAGGAACACAAAUACGAGUAUAAUGUGAUUAAAGGGCCUGAGUUCACAGCAUCUCAGGAAGCUUUAAAAGUAAAAUGCCAGAAUCUAGUACAGAAGGAGAGGGAGAGAGAUUGGAAUAUUUUGGAAAACCUGACAGAUAAAGAUGUAGAGGAUCUUCGUAAAAAGGGCAUACUGAGUCGAAUGCAUCCCGAAGGAUUUCUGCACCUAAUGCUUGUAAACAUCAUCCGAGGCUUUGGGACAAACACACACAGUCAGACUCCAAAUCUGUGGUGGGGGCAGAUUGUGUUAAAAAAGAACAAGGAGGGAUUAGAGUACUUGGAGUGGAAAGAUGAUCGGAACACACAGGCAAGCACAGAAGAGUCAGUUCUAUGUAUUUAUGCCAAACCUGAUAAUCCAGGCAACUGUCCAGUCAGGGACUAUAAGGAGUAUGCUAAGAGAAGGCCAUUGGAUAUGCAUCAUGACCGCGAUCCAUUUUACUUAUCUCCUAAACCUUUGUGCUGCAUAUGGGACCAAAUAUGGUACUGUAGAAAAUCACUGACAAAAACCAAAAUGGAGAAAAUGAUGAAAGUCAUUGUCCAGCAAGUUAAAGGAUCUGAAAAAAAGUCCAUGAAAUAA